CCAGAGUGGUUCUCUUGUUGAGGACUUAGGGUUCAAAUGCAGGCAUCCUCCCGGCCACGCUUCGUCUUCUGCACCGAACGGCAUCGCUCUUCCUCUCUUAUUUGAGUGGUGCUGUUUGUAUAGAGGUUUGAGGAUCGUAGAUUUGGUGUGGAGAAUUGUUUUAGUGUGGACAUGGCGUCGAAUUCAGAGCUUUGAGGGGGCUGUUUUGGUGCAGUGUAGCGGGUAAGAGAGUGUGUUUGGAGGAGAGACGGAAGGGGGCGUGUCGAGGGGGUUGAAUGUCGGGCACAAUGGCGUUGGAAGGAUCACACGCCGACGAGGGAUACGCUAACACCGGCGAGCCUAAGUAUGGGCCUGUGUUGACGAUGAUGAGCAAGAGGUUGCGGGCGUUGAAGAAGAAGUAUAGUAGGAUCUUGCAGAUAGAGGAGAAUAAGAGGCAGGGGAAGGCUGUGAAUAAGGAACAAGAGGACGUGCUCAAGGCAAAAAUCGGCAUCGCAGCGUUGAUUGAUGAGUAUGAGAAAUUACGGCAACCGCUAAUGAUUGCUGUCAAGGAGGAGGUGGCGGAGCGGGAGAAGGAACUGUUGGCUGCGACGCUGGAGAGGAAUCAGGAGGAGGAGAGUGUGUGCGAAGGUGAGAGUGAGACUGCUGCUGCAUCUAAUCUGGAUUCAGAACUGCGCACGGACUCUGGAAAUAGAGAAGAGGUGGACACGAUUGUGGAACUUGGUGUGAAUGGAGGUGAGAUCGAUGCUUCGGUUGAAGCGCAAGAGGCGGAUGGCUUUGAACCUCAGAGUCAGGAUGUAUCUGGCAAUGAAGUGGAUAAGCUCGCAGGUGUCGAGGAGGAGAGUAUCGUGAGGAAGAAUACGGGUGUUGUGCGUGAAGAUGUGUUUUCAGAAAGGGACGUUGCAGACCUGUUGAAGCUUUUGUAUUUUGCACAUCUAUUCGAUGUGAGGUCGCCAGGUGAAGCGCCUUCUCUAGUAUGGACAAGGGUUCACGAAAGAAGCUCCUGCCUAUCCUACGAUUUCGUAACUGAUGAUUCAACCACGCCUCUGAUUGAGUCUGACCUAGAUGCACUAUCAUUUUUUGGAUCAAUGUUGACAUCUCGGCCUCCGAAUGAAACAUUGUCGCAUCGAGAUGCUCUUCAACGCUGCAUUGAGCAUGCGAGAGAAUGGCUUCGGAAUUCUGAUCGCGUCAUUCAACCAGAAAAUCACACCUCGUAUUCACGACUAAGGGAAAGGUUAACUAGAAUUCUCUCGUCUGAAUAUUUCACGAUGACACCGGAGCUGCAAACUGUUAGUCAGCAAACGGCUGCUGCUGCUGCUAGUGCUGCGGGUCAGUAUCUUCCCACUAAGGAUGUGUAUCAAAUCAUAGCUCCCGCUUACAAUGUUCCUCAGGAGCCUGAGGCACCUGUACCACAAAUUUGUGAGUUUGGAGUAUCAGGGACUAAUGGAGUUCCUUCAACUUCAACUCCUCUGAUCUUCAUGACUGAGACCUCAGUCCCCGCUUUCGAAAUGCCGCAAUUCGGUAGCCAUGGAAGCCAUGAGGAAACAAAUGUGCAAGUCCAAGAAGAGACUCGAGAAGUUCGAGCUGCAGAGCGAGAAACUGAAGAGGUAGCAGGGGAUGACAGUCAACCCCAGCAUUCAAUACCAUCCCAUCAACAUUACCUGCAUCAUCAGCAGGGUCCACCCCAGUCUGGAGGCAGAGGUGGUGUGGCAUAUCAACAGCAGGGUGCUGGAGGUCCUCAAAGAGGGGCUCGUGGCAUGCCAGGAGUUUACCAAGGUAUUGGGGGCCGGAAUGGCGGCCGAUUAUAUAUGACUAAUGGGCGUGGGGGCAGAGGACGAAGUGGCAUGUAUCCCAAUGGUGGACGUGGUCAGUUUAAUGAGCAACAGCCUGGAGGUUUUCAGCCUACUUAUAACAAUCCCUACUGGUUUGGAGGUGGACGUGGUGGCAGCGCUGGUAUGACUUACAACGGACAACAACCAAAUGCUGCUGUCUCUGCUACUGCAAUAGCUCCAAGCUCUGCUUAAAUGUUCUGCUUAAUGCACGCUAGUCUUCAAGGUUCUUAGAAGUCGAUAUGAUUCUCACAUUGUUCUAAUUGUGAAUGAAGAUGAUGACUCCCGUCAUUCAUUUGCUGCUAACGACACAAUUGGUAUGGAAUGGGUACAGAUGAUCUUUUGCAGAUAAUUUCAGUACCUUUUCUGGAUUAUUUGGUGAUGGUUUUUCUCUGUUUGCUGAUCAGGCGGCAUAGCUUUUACUUAAACUUGACUAGUUUUAUUGCUAUUUCCUACGGAUAUUUUUUCGCUUUAGAGAUCUUUACAGAGUUGAUUCUUACCUAUAAUUUUACUAUUCGUUCUUGACGGUGGUU